GUCUGCGUGCGACUCAACCCGGGGUCCCAACUUAGACUUGGCGACUCUCGAAACCACUUCCAAGUCCCCGUGCUCCACCAUGUCGGCCGCCGACUACAAACCCGGGGACCUCAUCUUCGCCAAGAUGAAGGGAUACCCGCACUGGCCGGCCAGGGUAAACCAUCUUCCGGAGGGCGCGGGCAAGGCGCCGACUCACAAGCUCCCCAUCUUCUUCUUCGGCACUCACGAGACGGGCUUCCUGUGCAGCAAGGACGUGUUCCCGUACCGCAAGCACAAGCUCAAGUACGCGGUGCCCUGCAAGCGCAAGGGCUUCAACGAGGGCCUGUGGGAGAUCGAGAAUAAUCCCAUGGUGCAGUUCAGGACCCACGCGCCACAGGACUCUGCGGACGCGGCCCGCGGUGCCAUGGAGGAAACCAAGAAGGAAAACAAAGAGGGCAGCAGCACCGACGAGGAGAAGGAGGUGGAGGUGGACGAGGAGGAGGAGGAGGGGAGGCUCGUGAUUGACGAGGGCAGGCCGGGCGCACGGCGCAAGCGGAGCACGCAAGCCGCGACGGUAGGGAGGCGAGCGGCGCACAAGGCCGGAGCGGGUGCCAAGGUGGAGGCGGGGGGCGGCUCGGGGUCAGAGGUCACCGAGGACAAACGUCCAGCGACGCCGCCCACGCAGCCCGACUCUCUGCAGAGGAAGCGGAGGAAGAGGGCCCAGGGCGAGGAGUGGCCGGCAGAUGCCCGCUCGAGAAGGAAGGGGUCGGAGGACGCAGCAACAACAACAGCAGCAACAGCAGCAGCAGCAACAGCCAGUCCUCCCAGGAAGGGCCCCAAGAAAAAAAAAGUCGAGGAGGAGGAGGAGGAGGUGCAGAAGGCCGUGACCAAGAAACCUCACAAAACCAAGCAGCCCUCGGGGACCAACAGUGAGCCGAGCGGUGCCGACGAGGCCCCUCCGGAGAAGCGCCGGCGCCGGAGGCAGGCGGAGGCGGUGGUGGCGGUGGAGGUCGGCGUGGCCCGCGAGCGCCGGCGCAGGGCAGGCCGCGGCGACGGCGACGCCGUCAAGGAAGGGAGCGUCGUCGGCGGUGCCGACGCCGACGGGAGCCAGGCCCGCCGCAAGGAGCGCAAGGUCGAGCGUGGCAAAGACAAGGCUCCGCAGGCCGAGGCCCCGGCGGCAGGCGGCGCCCGCAAGCGCAAGCGCGGCUCCGAUUCGGAGACCACAGACGCCAAACCGGAAAAGCUGAAGCACGCAGAGAAGGGCGGCCGCAAACAUGUGGAGAUGGACCCAGACCCGGAGCCGCCCAAGAAAGGCCGCAGGGCCGAGGAGCGGGCCAAGGAGGCCAGGCUGACUGACAGCGACGCGAAGGAAUCCGCGGAGGAGCAGACGUCCCAGGACGACGAGAAGGCGGAGCUGCAAGCCGACGCCAAGGUGCAGAAGCUCGUCAACGACAUCAAGCUCGCUCUCAAGCUCAACAGCCCGGACACCAAGCGGUGUCUCGAGUACUUGGAUGAGCUGAACUCGCUGCAGCUCAGCCUACAGCACCUGCAGAAGCACACGGAGGUGGUGGCCAUGCUGCGCAAGAUCCGCAACUACCGCGCCAGCGAGGACGUGAUGCACAAGGCCGCCAUGAUCUACCACAAGUUCAAGUCCAUGUUCCUGGCGGAGGAGGAUGGCAGCUCCCCCAUCUACGCCCCCCACAGCCCCCCACCGCCAGCCCCCGCCCCCCCUAGCACCCCCGCCGCGGACGAGGCCCCCCACCCCACGCCCGCCAGUAACGACAAACAACAGUCGCGGCCUACGGCGCGGGAGGCGCGGGGCGGGCGCGGCGAACGUAGAGGGAAGGGCCGGAGGGGCCACGGCAGGGCCUGGGGCGAGCGGCGAGGUCCGGCGCCCAGGGACGUCGAAAACGGAGAUGGAGCGGCGGACGGAGCGGAGGAGACGCGGCUCGGAGAGAGUGCGCUGGCGGACGAUGGCACGGGGACCCAGCCCGGGGUCAAAGACGCCACGGAGGGAGGAGCGACGCAAGCCUGAGCUGCCACCUUGACCCUUUACCCUUGACCCUGACCCCACGAGAAGCACUUGCAGUUCUGCAGCACCCUGUACACUCUCACCCCGUCACCCUUGACUCACCUUGUGACCCCUACACACACCCUGCACUCAGACCCUCACCCAGCCCCCUUGUACCCUCACCCUCGACGAUCUCCUGGCACUUACGCCCCGCACCCCGCACUCGCCGCACCCUCACCGCGUCCGCGCCACCUCCGGGGCACGCGUAACGAUUCCCCUGCUCGUGGCUCCGAGCGCGCGCUCGAGGAGAAGCGACCAGCACCCUCGCGGUAACCCUGGGGCUCUCGGGGUCGCAGGGGCCGGGGGCGGGGGAACCGCCGAACCCUACAAACGAGCUCAAAGCGCGGGGACGUUGUCGCGAACGGGCCGGGUCGACGAGAAACUCGUCCGUCCAGUGAACGGAGGCCUUGAGCCGUGCGCGUUUGUGGGGUCCACCGCUGUCGGGGGUGGCUUCGUUCGUCGCGUGCCUUGUACCGUGGCCUGCGUGGUGCCGCCACCCUUCGUGCCGCCACCCUGCGUGCCGCCACCCUGCGUGCCGCCACCCUGCGGCCCCCGUGGCUCGACGCCGUCCGCACUGCGCCCUCCUGCUCGGUGCAGACGGCGCGGCGUGGAAUCCGCGAGCCGCGCUGGAAAUCGCUCGGGGGAAGGAAUUAUUGACGUGACACCGACGGUGCAAUUAGAGUAACAUUGGAAAUAAAUACGCCAAAUAUUAAAAAAAACUGGGCCGGUUGCGUAACAUGUUAAGUAUUAUUGAACCUAUUUACAUGAUAAAGGGACGUUAAUUUUAUUAUCUAUGUAACCCCAGCCCCUGACCUCACUGCGAGCAAAAUGAAAUGACAGGUCAUGCUGGCGUUGGUGGUGAUGGUGUAGAGAAUUUCAGCAGAACCUCCAUCUCUGCCUCAUAGACCUGGUCAAGGCCUAUGAUGGCAUCAAUAGAGCAGGGCUCUGGGUUUUUCAUGCUUUCAGGGUCCCUGACUGCUCACAAUCAUUAAGGACCUGGAUAAAGCUGCGUGUCGGAGCCAUUCCCUAUUCAACUUGGGGUGCGACAGAGAUGUACUCUGGCCCCUACACUAUUUAACAUAUUUUUAAACAUAGUUCGAUAAGCUUUUCAUGGCUAUACCAGAGGAAUUCGUGUCUGGCACAGGAUACAAUGGGAGCCUGAUUGAUAGCCAGGGUUGUCAAGGGAUGGCUCCCUUCCGGUCAACCAUGUUGCGUACGCUGAUGAUCUGGUAAUUCCUGCUCACUCUUGAGUUGGAGACACCACUGCUGAACGUGGGAGCCCCACAAAAUAGAGCACCUGCCUGGGUGUUUUAUGUUGGUUUCAUACCCCCACCCCUCAACUCACCAUGAGUACUGGGGCAGUUGUGGAGAAGUUCCUGUACCUGGGCAGUGUCAUUACCAACUCUGGUUUGGCAGCAGAGGUCUCCAAAUCAGUCGAGUGGCAUUGUCUUGUCAUCAGCUCUAAUGCUGUGUGGAAGCUGCCUGGCCUUUAGCACCAUACGAAGCUCCGUAUCUUAAAUUUAGAUUUAAAGCUUUCAUGACUGCAGGGAUUCAUCUUCUUGGUUCUUUCGGUAAAGUCACAUAGAAGGGAAAUAAUAAAAUAAUAAAAAUA